CAGACAGCUAACAAUCGUCAUAUCGUCUGUACCGUGUACAACAUAAACGAUAAGGGAAUUUAGCAACGAGAAAGAAAAUUUACGCCGAAUUUUCCCGUGUGUUGUUACCAAGUUUGAAAAUCAAUUUUUCACUAUUUCACGAUUUUGAGAGUCGCAUUCGAAGCAUUUGUGUUUGUGUUCUUGCUGUGUGGUGUAUUUUGACAAAAAAUAUAUACGAUGAAAUUCAUUAUACUUGCCAUUUUUGCUGUCAUUACGCUCGCUAAUGCACAAAUACGCCCAAUUUUGCAAUCAAGAGACCGAGAUGCAAUCAUUUUGAAGCAAAUCUAUGAACCCAAUCCAGACGGCUCAUAUGUAUACAGCUAUGAAACGUCGAACGGUAUAGCUGCUGAUCAAACGGGCUAUCUUAAAAAUCGCGGAACUAAUUUAGAAGCACAGGUUGUUCAGGGAUCAUAUAGCUACACUGGUCCAGACGGUAUCUUAUACACAAUUAAUUACAUUGCAGACGAGAAUGGGUACCGAGCAUCGGGAGCACAUCUACCAACACCGCCGCCAGUGAAUAUCGGCAGACAAGUGCAACCAGUACCAGUGCAACCAGUACGAUACUUUUAAACUCAAAACAUUUGAAACGCCAACAAAACGGCCAAUUUCAUAUACAAAAUAAUAAUCAAACAUAUCUAUUUACUUUUGGAACUCCUUUUUUUACUAUAAAACUUUGUAAAUUGAAAAUUAAAAUUGUUUCAAAAAAAAAAUCGAAUGAAAAGACGAAUACAGGUGUAAACAACUGUGAUUAAUUCUAAAAUGUGAAAGUUCUUGAUUGAAAUUCAGAUUUUAGUUCGAUUUUGAAGAAGAAACAUUGUCUUUUAUUGGUGUAAAUAAAAUCUUUUUAUAAUGAUAUUCGCAAUAUG